AUGUCCGAAAACAACGACAACCCCUCCCUCAUCGGGGGUCAUGCCAAGUACGUACAAGGUGCUGCCGCCAGCGCUCUGGGGUACGAGUCCGGCGAAGCCACCAAGAACGCCGCGAUAGAGGAGAUGCAGCGAGCACAGUCCAAGACCGCGGGCCAGCCUGCGCCAUCCAGCGUCUUGGGUUCCGUUGAGCAGAAGGCCGGUGAGUUGGCCGGGUGCGAGGGCAUGAAGGACGAAGGAAAGGAGCGGCAGAGUCAAUGA